AUGUCUGGUGGCAUGGGAAAUUUAGGUGCCGGUGGAGGUGGAAGUGGAGGAUUAAACUUAGCUGGAAUGCCUUUUCGUCUGAAAUCAUUACUUGUAAAUGCAUUAAAUAGUAUGACGACUGGCAAUCUUGGUGGUGGGGGAGGAGGCGGAGGUGGUGGCGGAAUGAGUGCUGGUAAUGGCGGGGGAGCCGGUUCUGGUGGGUUCGGAUUUGGCGGAUCGGGAGGAGGUGGCGCAAGAGCUGGUGGAGCGGCUGGUGGCGGAGGUGGUUCUGGAGGGUUCGGAUUUGGUGGAGAUGGUGGCUUAGGUGGUAGCGCAGGAGGUAGAAUUGGAGGUUCCGGAGGAUUAUCAGGGGGAGUUAGUGGAUCAGCUUCCGGUAGCGCAGGAAAUGACGGUGGUUUGGGAUUCAGUUUUGGUGGCCGAGCAGGAGGAAAUUUUGGGGGCGGUCGAAAAAAACGUUCUAUUCAUUCUUCGCUGACAGUAAGCUGUCAGUAUGCGGAAGGCCGUCGAUUGAAACCGUGCGAACUGGAAUCACUGCUGCGAGAACUAACAUAUCCCGAGGAGGGCUACGAGAUGCACGCUGCGGCACUGCGGAACCAGCUGAGGAACAUCCUCGAACGAGACCCGACGGACGGUGGCUAUCAAACGUUGGAUGACUACGCAGGCUACGAGACGGCCGGUCCUUAUGAAGACAAACGGUCAUACCGGUCACUGUUGCGAGACGGUGCGGUAUUUGGUAAGCGCAAUCUUGGCUCGUUGGCACGUGCCGGUCUCCUGCGGACACCUUCCAACGAUUACCUCAAGCGAAGUAUCGCCACGCUGGCGAAAAAUGGUCAGCUUCCGUCGAACCGCGAGCCAAACUCGGAAGAGGAUGGCCCAGCGGAGGAGUGGAGCGAAGACAAGCGAAAUCUCGCGUCAGCGUUCCGGUCGGGCUACAUGCGGAACGGAAAGCGUAAUAUUGCAUCGCUAGCGAGGAAGUACGAGCUUCCAGGCAAGCGAAAUAUUCAGUCACUGCUGCGCACCGGAAUGCUACCGUCAAUUGCUCCCAAGCGCAACAUGCAAUCACUGGCCCGCGAUAAUGCACUGCCACACUAUGGCGGACUGGGAGGAAAUGUGGAGAACAAACGCAACAUACAAACUCUGGUACGCGACUGGAAUCUGCCGAAGCACCAGGGCAGCGGAACGGGCGAAAACGAGAAACGCAACAUCCAGUCGUUGAAGAAUGCGCAAAGCCACAACGGCGAAAGUAACAGCGGUCGCAAGAAGCGGGAGCUCUACUACGAGGAUGGAUCACUGGAUGACAGCACGCCCGAAAUUCUUGAGCCUGUCUACCAAUCCGCUCCGCUCGACUACGAAGAACUGAUGGAGGCAAUGAGCGAGGCGUAUCCGUAUUACGCCCCGAGCGGCAACCACCUGGAGGAAAAGCGAUAUCUCGGUUCACUAGCGCGUUCCGGCAUGCUGAGCCGCUUCAAUCGGUAUCACAAGCGCUUCACGUGGAGCUUGGGGAACUCGUAUGACGACAAUGAUGAUGCUGAUGAUAAUGGUGAUUCGCUUGACGACAUUGACGACGACGACCGUGAUACGGAUUUCCACGAGCAGACAAUGCGUGAUGAGGACGAGCAUGGCAUUGCGGUACCGCAAAAGCGGCACAUUGCUGCCUUGGCACGCUCCGGCUGGUUGCCCGCGUUCCGGCCGUCCCGGGCAGGAGCAGGCCGCUUCAGCCGAUCUGGAAGGGCGAGGUCGAGUUUUACCUCCAACCCGAGCGACUACGACAACCAACCGCCGGCGUUUGUAGACGAUGCGACACUAGUAGCGACAGCAGCGGAUUUCGAGGCGCCCCUUCCCCCUUCUUCGCAAGUAGCAGCGGCAGCAGCAGCAGCAGCAGCAGCUGGGGAACACCCGGCCUACAGUCUACGUGGGGUUCCGCACCGCCCAGACUUACCGCGCUACACUGGCGACGUUUUCGCGACUCGUCUCCGAACGUACGGCGGCGGAUCACGCGAGGAGCUCCCGCUGUAUUACGGAGACUCCAGUGAGGUCCCGCCCAACCCCUUCUACACCGAGGACGAGUUCCAAUGCGCCGCACGGUUACGCAAGUUGCUCUACUACCUUAAGAAACAGUACUACCUGGACAAUAAGUACAUACAGGCGGUCUACGGACGAAAUGCUUUAAGAUAUAUCUAA